GGACACACGCCGCCGCACCUCUCACCGGUCUGCCGCCUGGUUUUACCUUCAUCCCCGCUUCGUUCUUCAACAGCAACAAGCUGUCCAUCAAAAUGCCUCGGAGACUUGAGCACGCCGUGUCGUUCCUUCUAGCUGCGCAUCUCAUCUCUUCAGCUCUGAUCCCUGCGAAAGCCAUGGAGGAGGGCAGAGAGUGCAGAGAACAGGAGUACAAGGACCGCUUCGGGAGCUGCAAACCCUGCAAACAAUGUGAUGCUGGACAGGAGAUUUCUAAGGAAUGUGGCUUUGGUUAUGGAGAAGAUGCCUGGUGCGUGCCCUGCCGUAGCAGUCGUUUCAAAGAGGACCGCAGCCUGCAGAAGUGCAAGCCCUGUUUGGACUGUGGACUCAUCAACCGAUUCCAGAAGGCCAACUGCUCCACCACCAGUAACGCAGUGUGCGGCGACUGUCUGCCAGGAUAUUACAGGAAAACGAAAUUAAGUGGAUUUCAAGACAUGGAGUGCAUACCAUGUGGGAAUCCUCCACCUCCUUAUGAGCCAAACUGCAGUGGGCGUGUGAACCUGGUGGCCCUCCCCUCAGUGGUGACCAGCCCGCGGGACAUGGCGCUGGCCGCGGUCAUCUGCAGCGCGUUGGCUACGGUUCUGCUGGCGCUGCUGGUUCUGUGUGUCAUCUACUGCAAGAGGCAGCUGCUGGAGAAGAAGCCCACAACUUCUCUGAGGUCCCAGGACUGUCCUUAUGCUGGGGCAGAACUUUCGUGUCUGGACGCCCGCUGGCUCCAUGACUUCCCCCAGAGACCCUGCUGCCGGUGUGAGCUGGGCCCUGAACACAGCUGUGGUCCAGUCCACCUGAUUCCAUCUCCUUGUGAGGAGAGCUGCAGUCUGGGUCAGAGCCAGGACAUCGGCUCCUUCCAGUCCCAGAGGAGUCUCAGUCACAGAAACACGACCCUGAACGAGGUCACCUCCACGCAGCUGGAGGGCCAUCUAGAAGCUGACUGUGGGGGAGAUGUUGGGAUGAGAGGACAUUUUGAACCUCCAGAAUAUUUGGGGAUUCCUCAGCGCAGCUCUGUAGGAAGACUCGCAGGAGAGGAAGAGUCCGUGCUGAAGGAGGACUCAUCGGAGAGGAGCGUGGAGUGGAGCAACGCUGCGACAGACGCGCUCCUUCCCAAACAUGCACCGGCGCAGGAAGGAUGAAGUGGAUUUCUGUUAUUUUGUGUUCCACGCUGGACUGAACAACGGCCGCAGCCUGAUUCUCUCUCAGGUUGCACACUCGUCUUUCUAAACACACACACACACACACACACACACACACACACACACACACACACACGUGGGGUCACGUUGUCUCCUUGAAGUGCCUCCUCAUUGAUCCCUUGGUCAGGUCCAAACAGAAUAUGUACACACAUGUAAACAGGUGCAGCCGAGCAACCUGCAGGGUUCAACAUGGCUCCCCGCAGAACGAGGCGGUUAACUCACAUGAAGGUGGCUCACUGACUCGUGACUAUGAAGCAGCUGCGGUGAUCCUCUGCUCCACACAUCUGAUCUUUGAGCAUCUCUACAUGGAGGAAAACAGAAACUUGUACAGCUCAUUUCACAGUCUGCUGUUACGGAGCUGCUGUGUGGAAGAAGAAACAAAAACAGAGUGACAGUUUGAAAUGUGACAAAGGGUCAAAUGAUCAUGUUGCACCUUGAAGACGAUCCUGAUACUGGAACAAGUCGAACGAGGAACGUCCGAGUGAUAAAUGUGUUGUAGAUACUGUAAAAUAGCAAAUAGGUGAAUAUUUUUGUAACAGACUGCAGACAUGACAUGUUUGCCUUCCUCACCCCAGUGGGUGUUGUUGGUUGUAUGGAUGCUGUAAAUAAACCACUUCAACACAAUCAAA